AUGAAUAAAAUAGUUAAAGAUAAGAAUAAGCCUAAAGGUCCUAUGUCAGCGUAUGCUUGCUUUGUUCAAGUCAUUCGAGAAGAACACAAAAAGAAGCAUCCUGGUGAACAGAUUGUAUUUCGUGAUUUUUCAAAGAAAUGUGCAGAACGCUGGAAUCUUAUGACACCAAAAGAGAAAAAACGCUUUGAAGAUUUAGCUGCUAUGGAUAGAGAAAGAUUUAAUCGAGAAAUGAAUGAUUAUAUUCCACCAGAUGGUAUGAAAAAAGGCAAGAAAAGGAAAGGUCCAAAAGAUCCAUCCGUUCCUACACGAGCUUGGUCCGCUUUCUUUUUCUUUUGUGAUGAAUUCCGUUCAAAAGUCAGAGAGAGUAAUCCUGAUUGGAAAGUUGCUGAUGUCGCUAAAGAACUUGGCCGUCAAUGGGAAAGUUGUCAAGAUAAAGCUAAAUAUGAACUUUUAGCGCAAAAAGAUAAGCAACGGUAUGAAGAGGAUAUGAUAAAAUAUCGAGCAGGCACGUAUGUACCAAAAAAGAGAGUUGCAGGAUCUGUUUCAAAUUCCACGGCAGUUGGUGCAUCGGAAUCUCAAAAUCCAGAUUGUAGUACAGUGACAAGUGUUGGUGGUGGUGAUGAGAAUGGUGCAGAACUCGAGGAUGAAGAGGACGGAGAAGCUGAUGAAGGAGAAGAAGAGUGA